AUGAAGGUGACCCCUCUAGAUGUGCUGUAUGGAUCAGGGUCAAACCUCACUCUGUCCUGCUCCUCUGAGUCCAGUCGUCCUGCCCAGUUUCAGUGGGCUCUGAAUGGAACACUGCUGUCCAAUCAGGGACCAGAACGCAGGCCGGAGAACAUCCAGGCCAGUCAGAGUGAACCAAUAUCUGGUGCUAUCAUAACAACUUCCCCAAAUCCUCCAAUCAUCAAGGGGAAUUCUGUCACCUUAACAUGUGAUGCUUCUGGCUCCAUUAUCAGCAGAGAGUGGAUGAAGGAUGGUCAGCUUCUGUCUGCUGGUGGCAACAUGAUCAUCUCUGAGGAUAAGAGAGAGCUGUCCAUAAACCCUGUGAAGAGAACAGACAGUGGAGAAUACCUGUGUAGAGUCAGCAACCCCAUCAGCACCGCUGAUGCUAAACACGAUCUCAUUGUAAACUAUGGACCUGAUGGUAUGGAAAUCAAGGGUCCAACUGAAAUAGAAGUAGGACAGAAGUUAACAUUGACCUGCUCUGCUGACUCCAACCCCCCUGCUAGUUACACCUGGAUGCUCAAUGGAACAGAGAUACCUGGACAUUCACCUGAGUUCACUAAAGAGAAGAGUGAAUACUCUGACAGUGGGGAUUACACUUGUACAGCAACACAUUAUGUCACUAGGAACAAAACAUCUGUGGUCCAUAAACUGUCAGUAAAAGGUAAAGUUAGCUGA